AUGCCAUCUGCCGAGGCAGCAGACAUUGUAUUUUUAAUAGAUGAAUCAUGGAGUGUUGGAGAGGAAAACUUCCAGAUUAUUAAAGACUUCGUAAGGAGUAUGAUUGGUUCAUUUCAUAACACAGAGGUACUUGGGAAGGAAGGAAUACGUUUUGGAGUUGCCGUUUAUGGAGAUUCAACAAGGAUGAGUAUUGAACUAUCAGAUUAUGAAACCACUCAAGACGUGCUACUGGCUCUCCAAAGCAUUGCAUAUAAAGGAGGUAACACCAAGACUGGGGAAGCACUUGGUUAUUUGGCAAACAGGGUGUUUAAUCCAUCCAUCUCCAGAGAAGAUGUACCCAAGAUUGUUGUGCUGUUAACUGAUGGUAAAUCAGGUGAUGCAGUAGAGGAGAAAGCCCAACAGCUGCAAGAUAGAGGAGUCACAAUAUAUGCUAUAGGAAUCAAAAAUGCUGACAGAAAUGAACUGAUGAAAAUUGCAUCAGCUCCUAUUGAAGAAAAUGUCAUCAUAGUAAGGGACUUCUGGUCCCUCUUUGAUAUGCUGCCAAGGAUCUCAAGAAGAAUUUGCUUUACUGCAUCUGAGCCUCCAAGACCUAUCAAGCACAUAGUUGAAAAUGAAAAAAUUAUUGGUCCAAGAGAUCUGAUUGUGAGUGAAAAAAGUUACAGCUCCAUGCGCAUUACCUGGAGUCCUGCCACAGGGGAUGUUACCGGUUACCAAGUUGUCAUGAAUUCUCUCACACCCUCUGGACGUCUUAAUACAAAUGACCAGAAACAGAUUAUGUUGGACAAAGACAAACACACAGUGCUGGUGACGGAUCUUAAGCCAACCACUGAAUAUUUAUUUACUGUGCUUGCUAUAUACCCUAAUGUCAUAGGAGAGUCAGCUACAAUUAGAGGAAAAACAACUGCUGUGCCUCCUGUAACCAAUUUCCGAGUCAUAGAUGAAGGACUUUUUGGUUUAAAAGUAGCCUGGACUCCUCCUUUGGGAAAACUGGAGGGCUACAAGAUCUAUAUCCCACGAUCCAACAGACCUGGGUUUACAUAUGAACACAUUUUAAAGGGAGAUGUUUCCUCACACACUAUUGAUAAUUUAGAAGAAGACAAAGAAUACACUGUCAGCAUCUAUGCUGUAUACCCACAAGGACCAAGCGAGCCUGUAUCUGCAAUGGGACGUACAUUAAAGCUGGUUCCUGUAAAAAGCUUGACAUUGCAGAACAUCACAACUGGAACAAUUCAGGCUUACUGGACUAAAGUGAGAGGAGCGACUGGAUAUCGUCUUACUUGGUCAUCUUUAGAGGGUUAUGACCAAAACAUUAACCUGGCAGAUAGUUACACUCAAUACAUGAUUCAAGGGCUGCAGACGGGCAUGGAAUAUACUGUAACUAUCAACCCCAUUUUUGUAGACAUUGAAGGCCCUGUUCUUACUGCUAAAGCAACAACCUUGGCCUCAAGUUCAGUACAAAAUCUUAAAGUGAGCACAGUAUCCAUCAACACAGCACUUAUCACAUGGAAUGCAGUCCCUGGUGCUACUGGAUAUAGGCUAGCAUGGGGCCCCACGCCAGAUUUUUUUGGCAGAGAUCGUCCCCGCCAGCUUGCACUGAAUAGUACACUUACAUCUUUUGAGCUGAAGAACCUGGUACAUAAUACGGAGUAUGUAAUCUCAUUGUACGUGCUCUUUGGUUCUGCUGUGGGACCAGGCAUCUCCACAACAGCCAGAACAUCACCUCUUGGAUAUGUAUCCAACUUCAAAGUGACGGGGUACACCAGUACUUCCAUAUCACUAGCCUGGAGCUCAACCACUGGAGCCACUGAAUAUAAAGUGUCCUGGAGCCCUGCAUCAUCAGACACCCCUAAAAGCCAGUAUUUGGCACCCACAAUCAGGUCACAUCACUUAACAAACCUACAACAGAACACAAGGUACAUAGUAAAUGUGCAGGCGGUUUACAGCAACACAGAAGGGCCACCAGCCACCCUCAUUCAAACAACUGACUCCAAUCCUGUUCAGUUACUUCCAGUUAAGGACCUGCAGGUAAUUGAUACUGGAGUUAACACUCUCAAAUUGUCCUGGAAGAAAACACCUGGAAUAACUCACUAUAAAAUAUCAUGGGUUCCAUUCGCUGGUGGAGCUAGAAACUCAAAGAUUGUCUCUGCAGAUGCCUCAUUUUUCAAUAUACCUGAUUUAAAGGAAAGCGCCACUUAUAACAUCUACGUUUCAUCAAUUGUUGGAAACAGAGAGGGAAGUCCUGUUCUUCUCACAGCAAAAACGUUGGAUCUACCAAAAGUAGACUCAUUUGAAGUGAAAGAAACCAUUGGGGACACUGCAUUACUGAGCUGGACUGGAGUAACGGGGGCAACAUCUUACCUUUUAUCAUGGAGACUUUCUUCCCAGGCGGAUUCAUCUAUGGAGCAGUUGACUGGAUCUUACAGGUCUUUUCGACUAAGUGGAUUGCAGUAUGGAAAAACAUAUGUUUUUACAAUAAAACCACUCUUUGGAGAGAUGAAAGGUCCUGAAAGAGUAGUAACCCAAACCAUACAGAUUUCAAGGAUAUUAAAACUCUUAAUUGUGUUCAUUCCUAGAACUGAGAUUUUUCAGUCUGCAAGAAUAGAAAGUGACAUAAACAUUACCACUAUCACUUUUGCAGUUGGACCAGGGAGAAAACCUUCUCCUACCGUUCUUGGACCUAGACUGACAACAGCAAAUGAAAGGACAACAACAGUGAGACCUAUUGAGUAUCCACGGCCAAGUCCCCCACCAGAGGCUGCCAAAUUUACUAGCGCUGCCGCAAGAAGAACAACAGCUUUUAUUUCUGAGCCGAUCUGUGCAAAGCUGAAAGCUGACAUUGUAUUUCUUGUGGAUGAGUCUUCCAGCAUUGGACCAAGCAAUUUUAACAAAGUCAAAGACUUCCUGUAUAGAAUCGUUUCAUACUUUCCCAAGAUUGGACCCCAGGGGACACAGGUUGCUAUUGUUCAAUACAGUGAAGAACCGAGAACAGAAUUUCAUUUGAACCAACAUAAGGACAGGAAUUCUAUUUUGAAGGCUAUUCGAAGCAUGCAGUAUUUUGGAGGAAACACCAAGACAGGACGAGGUAUUGGGCAUGUUCUGAAGGAGCUCUUCCAGGUGUCCAAAGGAAUGAGGCCAUCAUCUCCUCAUUUGAUAUUGUUGAUAACCGAUGGACAAUCACAGGACAAUGUCAUGCAGCCGUCCAGAGUGGCUCAUGCCUUAGGGAUCCGUAUGAUUGCUGUGGGUGUGGGUGCUGCAGAUCUGGAUGAGCUGAGAAAUAUCAUGAUGCACCGUAAUCUGGAUGACAUAUUCUUUGUCAGCUCAUUUGAUGACUUCCCUCUAAUUGUUCAAGAGCUGAUAGAAACAAUUUGUUCUGAGAGCAAAACAACAGUGAAAACCGAAGCUGAAGAGAUUGUCAACCCAGAGCCACAAGGACCAGAGACACUUCCUGAAGAACCAGUGGGACCUUGCUCAUCUUCAUGUUCUAAAGGCCAAAAGGGAGAACAGGGUAUAAAGGGACCACCAGGGCAAUCUCCAUUCACAGGUUUACAAACCGGCGGCUUUGAUCUUCUUAACAUGAACUCUAAAGGAGAGAAAGGAGAACGGGGUCUGCCUGGGCAAGAUGGUGUUCCUGGCCUUCCAGGGCGUCCUGGACGAACAGGUCCCCCUGGUCCUCCCGGCCUAAUGGGUCAUAAGGGCUUUCAAGGUGACAGGGGACUUCUAGGGUAUCCAGGGCAACCAGGACCAAAAGGAGAUAGAGGAGAGCCAGGCUAUGUGCUGGGGGCAGUCGAUGGACUGGCUGGCCUUGGUGGUAUUCCUGGAUCACCUGGUUCAAAGGGUCAUUCUGGGGCUCCUGGCCUUCCUGGUCCUCCUGGCGUUCCAGGAUUUCCAGGACCUCAAGGUCCUCCAGGGCUUUCUAUCAAGGGUGAGCCAGGUGAAACUGGAACUCAAGGUCCUCGUGGGAAGAUUGGAGCAAAGGGAGAUAAAGGAGAUCUGGGGGAACCUGGCAGAUCUGGCUUACCAGGUCCAAUAGGUCUUGACGGCCCUCCUGGAUUUCAAGGAACAAAAGGAGAAAAGGGGGAAGCAGGGGUUGGUUACCCAGGAAUACCAGGUUUAAAAGGAAUGCAAGGAGACAAGGGAGUCAUGGGACCUGCUGGACCUACUGGACUAAAGGGUGUACAAGGUUUGCAAGGGAUUGAAGGACAAGUUGGAUUAAGGGGCAAAAAGGGACAAGAUGGUGAAAAAGGUGAAAAGGGAGAGCGUGGUGAUAUAGGUCCUAUUGGACCUGCUGGAAGAGCUGGUCUGCCGGGUCCAUCUGGGCUAAAAGGUGACCAGGGCAUUCAAGGUUUUCCAGGAGCUCCAGCAAUGGGGGUAGUUGGCCCUACUGGCAAGAAGGGUGCUAGAGGUGACAUUGGACCUGUUGGGCCCCAAGGUCCUAAAGGCAUCAAAGGAGAUCGAGGAGACAAAGGAAUUAAGGGAGAACCAGGCUAUGGGAUCCCUGGCCAGGCAGGGCCAAAGGGAGAUCCUGGUGAUAGAGGAAACAUUGGAUUAUCUGGAAAACCAGGUCCAAAAGGGUACGAUGGUGGCAAAGGACAAAAGGGUGAGCCCGGAACAAGUUGGACCAUGCCUGGAAUAAGAGGUAAAGAUGGUGAGCAUGGCAUUAGGGGAGAUCCAGGAGAGAAGGGUGAAUCUGGAAUGAUGGGAGAGCCUGGAGAAAAAGGAGAAAGGGGUACAACAGGACUGCCUGGCCGUAUUGGUGAUCCGGGACAAAAAGGAGACAUGGGAACUCCAGGUAGAGAUGGCAUUGAUGGUAAAAAAGGAAAUAAAGGAGAGACUGGACAACCAGGACCCCCAGGAAGUUCAAUUACGUCAAUCGACAAGAACCUACUUGUCAAAGGAGAAAAGGGGGAUACCGGAGAAGUAGGUGAUCCAGGAGAGGGGGGUGUUAAAGGAGAGAAGGGAGACCUUGGCCCACCAGGACAGAGGGGUCCAGAGGGUCGUCCAGGACCUCCAGGCAGUACUGCAUUGGAAACCACUCCAGAAAAAGGAAUGAAAGGGGAAAAGGGAAGCACGGGGUCCCCUGGAAAAAAUGGCAUGGAUGGCAAGGAUGGAAUUCCUGGAACAGCCGGACAAAAGGGAGAGCCGGGGCAGAAAGGUGUACCAGGAGACAGUGGAACAUCGAUUGGCCCAGCGAUAAAGGGUGAGCAGGGAGAUAUAGGGCCAAUGGGACCCCCUGGACCUCCAGGCCCUCUGGGAGCACAGGAUUUAGAGAUAUUAUUUGAAUCAUAUGGUAUAAAGCUGAGCCUUCUGAAGGAACUAACAGACCAUCUCAUUCAGCAUGGAGUAGCAGAUUUGUUUCAGCAUCUCUCUAGCAACAAGAAGGAUCGAAACACAAAGAAGAAGCAGAGCCCCAAAAAACAUGAAAUUUCAAAUGAAACUGAUGAGGAGCAUUUAAAUUCUGGUUCAGUCCUGGAAAGUAUUUCCACUCUAGAGGGGAGUCAGACACAGUCUUUAUCUCAGGACUUAAAUGAAAAUAAGAAAGAGCAGAGAAAGAAGAAGAAACCUCAGAUGGAAAGUGUGCCCAUUGGUGUUUUAACAAAUGUGGUCACUGAAGAGCAGGAGGAAAACACAGAGGAACUUGGACUUCAGCUAACUCUACAAGGGAGUGAAACAUCUGCACGGCCUGCUCACACAACCAGCAUGGAAGACGCUUAUAAGUUAUCUACAGUUACCCUUUCCACUACACACACAGAGUCUGAAAGGUCCACCAGAAAACAGGAAAAGGAGUCUAAAAAAGAGAACAAGAAAAAAGCCAGUUUGGAAAAAAUGACAACUGAUGUAAAGAUGGGAGGCUCUACAGCCUAUGAAACUGUAGGAGGUGAAGCUGAUGUUACUGAUAACACUGGCAGAGUUAUCAGAAUAGACGCACCACCUGCAACUGAGCCAUCUACUACUUAUAUUGUAAAAGAAGCAGAAACAGAACUUGAACCUUCUUUUGACACAAGUGCAGUUCUAGAAGCACAGCAAGUAUUUCUUGGAAAGAGACAUGUUAAUUCCGCAUAUAAUGUGAAAAACCUUCGAGUAAGAAGAAUGGUGGAUGAGGAUCAUGAGACUGUGCCUUACCCAGGGACGCAGAGAGGAAAGAGAAAAAAGGAAGGAAAGAGGCGCUCAGGACCCCAGAGAGACAAAGUACAAAAGGGAGAACCAGGGGAACUUGGAGAUCCUGGAAUUCCUGGGCAGAAGGGAGAAAAGGGAGAAAUCGGUGAAAAGGGGCAAAAGGGUGAACCAGGCAUUGGCCAUAGAGGACCAGUGGGACAAGCUGGACCUCCUGGUCUUAAGGGUGAGCCAGGAGAUAAGGGGCCUCAAGGGGUACAAGGUAUCCAAGGGAUUCAAGGAAAUCCUGGCAUCUCGGGAUCUAUGGGUGAAAGAGGAGAAGCAGGACUCCGUGGCCCUUCUGGACCUCCUGGAGAAAGAGGGAAAAGGGGCAAAAAUGGUGGCCCUGGCCACCCGGGAACUCCUGGACUUGCUGGUAAAGAGGGGAAGCAAGGACCACCAGGCACAAAGGGGGAGAAGGGUGAAGGUGUUGUGGGUGAGCCUGGUCCCAGAGGUCUCCGUGGUUUCCCAGGUCUCAGAGGAGAAAAUGGAAUCCCAGGAUUGAAUGGCCCAGCAGGUAUAAUGGGCCCAAAAGGUUUUCCAGGUGUGAAAGCUGAAAGAGGUGAUCGAGGACUGACUGGUUUUAAGGGAGAAAAGGGUGACCCCAUGACUAUAUUCGGGACUCCAGGAUACAAAGGAAGUAAAGGAGAGCCGGGUGACAGAGGCCACCCUGGCUUUGAUGGAGACAAAGGAGAGAAAGGGGAGGAUGGACCAUCUGGAGAGAAAGGUGUGAAAGGUGAAGCAGGCUCCAAAGGAUCUAUGGGACUAUUUGGAGCACGUGGCCCUGUAGGACAAAAGGGUGAUCCAGGGGAACCUGGACUUCCUGGAAGUGCAGGCACAGCAGGUCUUGAUGGACUAAAUGGACAGAAAGGAUCUAAGGGUGACAGAGGAUUACAAGGACAAAAGGGAGAUCCGGGAGAAAAAGGUGACCCUGGAUUGGCAGGAGACAUUGGUCAGACAGGAGAAAAGGGAAUGCAAGGUUACCCUGGCAAAACAGGUGAACCUGGCAUAAAAGGUGCAAAGGGUGAAAUUGGAGGACAAGGAAAUCCUGGUCUACCUGGCUCUCAAGGUCCACCUGGACCAAAGGGGGAAAAGGGAGCAAAAGGAAUUGAUGGGCUUAAUGGGGAUCAAGGAGAAAAAGGAGAAAAGGGUAAUAAAGGAUCCCAUGGACUAAGUGGUUUCAGAGGGCCAAUUGGACAACUAGGACCAGUGGGUGCCUCUGGAGCUCAGGGACCUGAAGGGCCAAGAGGAGAUCCAGGGCAAAAGGGUGAAAAAGGGAAGAGAGGAAAGUCAUUGCCCUGUCCCAGGGCAGAUCCAGGAACACCUGGAACAAAGGGAGAAAUGGGACAAGAUGGGCUUGAGGGACUCAGAGGGGAGAAAGGAGAUCCUGGACUCUCAGAGGAAGACGUGAAAGACUUGGUCAAAAAGGAGUUGAGUGACAAGUGUGGAAAAGAAUUCCAGUUGAUUGUGAAGUCUGUAGAUCCUGAUGAAGCAUAUGAAGACUCAUACAUAGAGGAUGAGGUGACCGCGACUCCUGUAUAUACUGCAGCUGGAAAUACAGAGGAAGAUACUUAUCGUAAUGAGACAGCAACUACCACAGAAUACCCAACUACCACCUCAGAGCUAAGAUACAAAGGAAGCAGGUGUUCAAGGGCACUCAUUGUAAAUAUAAUGAUCGACAUUAAACGUGUUGUUAAUUUGCUGAUAACAGUUGAUGCACUUUAUUCCUCUCCAGGCGGAAGUGAUAAGGAGCUAAUGGGACAGUUGCGCAGAAGGAAGCGGCAUGUUGGUGGUAUGUUUCACAACCCCUGCCAGCUACCCAUGGAUGAAGGAUUUUGCUCAGAUUAUAUAUUACUUUGGUAUUACUAUUUAAAAGCUGAUGAUUGCCGGCCAUUUGUAUAUGGUGGCUGUGGAGGAAACCACAAUCGUUUCAAUACCAGGCAAAAGUGUGAACAGAUUUGUAAAAGCAAAACAGAUCCUUCCCCAGGGAGGUGAUAAUGUUCCCAGAUUAUGCAUCAC